AUGGCUCGGCUCAUCCCUGUCUGUGGCGCCGGCUGGGUUGACCGGGAAAGCAAUAAUCGCCCAUACGUGCCCAGUUCUAACCUGGCAGCGCUGUGCUCCGUGGCCAAAAUCGCGCGCGCGUCGGCAAAACGCAGGGCCUCUCUCGCCAACCGCAGCUUCGGCAGCUCGACAGCUCGGGUGCUUCUCGCCUUUCCUGCUCGGGCUUUAUGGGCCGAGCGGCAUGGCGGCGGGUUCAAAGCUGCAACGACGUGA